AUGGCGUCGAUAUUCACCUAUGACCCCGAUCCCCCGCGGAUCUCCUCUCCUUGGCUCUCCCCCGAGGAUCCAGGAACUCCCCAGGAACUGUCACGGCAGUCCACCUCGGGCCAGGCAUCCGCAGAACCGGGUUUGCUGUCUGAUUACGGCGUGACCAAGUUGGAGGCUGAACCUCAGGACGGGCCUACUGAGUACAAGCUACAUCUCCUUCUGCGGCCGAGAAGGGCAUACAAAUCGAUGACAACUAUACCCGCCCAGUCCCAAACCAAAGCCUCUCUCGCAUCCCAGGACAAUAGCACCAGUCUUUCCGCUCAUCCUACACGCACCUCUACACCAGCCCCAGCCCAGCAACCACGUCAGCAGCGGCUGCUGCAUCUGACUACGCAGCUCUUAUGGAGACUGCAGCAGUCGUCCCCAUAUCAUGCCUCCAGUUCCAAAGAAAUACCCAUGCCCAAACUCCCCGAUGACAAUGUGGCACUUGAACCCCUGAAAGAGCCGGAUAGCCUUGUUCCUGGCUUGGAUGAAUCAAGAGGAGCCCUGUAUGAGAUUGGUGUGUCCGACGACGGUACCCUAGUCGGACUCACUAAAGAUGAGAUGGACGAGAGUAUCAAGACCCUUAAAGUGAUGGCUUCUAGUCUUGGAUGCACGGUUGAAGUGUUGCGUAUGGUCAUUGUUGGUAAUUGCGAGUGGAUAGAGCAGGUCGAUGGCGCUGGUGAUGAACUUACUAGGCACGGUAAGCUCUGGGUAGCUGAGGCACUUGUGACUCCCAAUCUUCGCAUCUUUCGCCAGCUCGGCCAGAAUGGGGAGGCUUCCAAGAACAUCCGGGCCCCCUCAGCAUCCCAAGACGCCUCUGUUGGCGAUGCGACCCCUAGUCAGGGAAUCUCGCUGACUCCCCAACUGAGAGUCACCUUCACGGGGCCAACCACUUCUGGCAAAUCUAGUCUCCUUGGAACCCUGUCCACGGGAACACUGGAUAAUGGUCGAGGAAAGAGUCGGCUCAGUCUCCUAAGACAUCGUCAUGAAAUGGUGUCUGGGGUGACCAGUUCUAUUGCCCAGGAGCUGAUCGGGUAUAAGGAUCAAGAAAUCCUCAAUUUCUCUCAGGGCAAUAUUGAGUCAUGGAUGGAUAUCCAUGAUUGCGCUGAUGGCGGUCGACUUGUCUUUGUAUCUGAUUCAGGAGGGCAUCCCAGGUACCGUCGAACCGUCCUGAGAGGCCUCAUGAACUGGGCACCGCACUGGAGCAUUCUCUGCAUCGCCUCAGAUGACGGUGACCCGGCAUCCAUGAGACCCGGCGGGACGUCGACUGCGCAGGACGUCCUUGGGGCGGCCGCGGCAGGCGUAGAUCUCGUCAGCGCACACUUGACGCUGUCUCUCAAGUUGGAAGUGCCAAUGGCCAUUGUCGUCACUAAACUGGACCUCGCCUCAAAAACAAGUCUGCAGAAGACCAUGUCCAAGAUCUUGACAGCCAUCAAAGCUGCUGGUCGAGUUCCCAAAAUUCUCCAGCCUGACCAGAGCCGGCAUGAGGAUCUGCAGAAGAUCCCCCAGCAAGACCACGACAAAGUGCAGAGUAUCAUCAAGGCCAUUGCCGAAAGUGGAAGCUUGACACAAUAUGUCCCUAUCGUCCUUACAAGCGUAGUGAAAGGGACAGGUGUUGGCCUGGUACAUGCCCUCCUUGAAAGUCUGCCUUUGCCGUCUCCGCCGACAUCUCGUGAUUUUGUUGGGAUGGCGCUCAACCCAGAGCAGCCCAACAGUCUGUUCCACAUAGAUGACACCUUCUCCCUUCCGUCUUCGUUUGGGACUCUGGCUGGAGGUGGUUCCGAGGCGGAGGCCCGAGGCGUCGUCAUAUCCGGGCAUCUUCGCUUCGGGGAUCUGUCCGUGGGUGAUGAGGUUGUCGUGGGCCCAUUCCCACCAGAGGAGCAAGAAUCCGGGGAUUUCAGAACGGAUGAUAAGGCAUCCCCUGGGAACUACGGUCUGUCAAUCUCACACCCGGCCUCUUCUCAGCUUGCCAAGAUAAGCCUGGAGAAUGCUGUCUCUGCAUCGACAAUAGCUGGCGAGUGGCACAAGGCGCGCAUUGUGAGUGUCAGGAACCUGCGAUUACCGGUACGGACACUUAAGGCCGGCCAAGCUGGUUCAAUUGGUCUGGUGUUGGAACCAGGCGAGGCCAGCACAAGCGGCUCGAUCCCGAGGAUCCGAAGAGGGAUGGUCUUGGCUAUCCCUUCAAAACAUAUGGUGGACACGGGGCUCUCACUUCAAGCUGCCAGCGGAUUCACGGCCACCUUCACCGACCCGGACAUGGAAUCGUUGGUCGUGGGCUCUUUGGUCAAUGUGUACGUGGCAAGUGUUAGAGCCACAGCUCGGGUCAGAGGCAUUUCACGCCACUCCAAGCGGCCAGAGUUUGGGCAGACGGCGACUGAAGAUAUUGACGUGUUCAACCUCAGUGAGGAUUUUGAGGAGUUGGAAAGUUCCAACGGAACAGGCGGCGUUUCACGGACCGAGGUCUUUCUGGAGCUAUUGCACAACCGAGAGUGGGUGGAACUGGGCUCACGGGUCAUCAUCUUAGAGGGGGGAAGUCAGGAUAGAUCGGGCCUCGAGGGUUAUGUGGGCAAGAUUAUAGAGAUUGUCGACUGA